AUGCCGACCUUCAAAGUAUACAAAGGCACCCCCACCGGGAUCCAGGAGUCCGAAACCACACGCCCCGACCUGAGGGGGGACCAGGUCCUCGUCAAAGUCACCGCCUCAGGCAUCUGUGGCACCGACCUCCACUACAAGUCGGCCAACAUGGCCCUUGGCCACGAAGGCGUAGGCGUAGUCCGUGAAGUUGGGCCUAGCGUGCAAUGCCUCCGGCCCGGGGACCGUGUGGGAUGGGGCUAUCAGGCCGACUCUUGCGGUCUCUGCACGUACUGUCACGCGGGAAGCGAGGAGUAUUGCGCCGAGCGGAAAAUCUACGGAGAGGCGAAUCUGGACCAAGGCAUUUCGCCGAGGCCACGCGACGCAGAGGCGGCGCCCAUGAUGUGCGGCGGCGCGACGGUAUGGAAUGCGCUGCGGAGAUAUGGGCUUUCGUCCUCGUCGACGGUCGGUGUUCUCGGGUUGGGCGGACUAGGUCACUUGGCCGUACAGUUUGCCGCUCGGUUGGGCAUGAACGUCGUGCUGCUGUCGACAACCGACAGCAAACGUGACGAGGCGCUGAAGAUGGGCGCGACAAGCUUCAUCGUCGUCAAGGAUCAGGAACCGGCUCCCCUGGCCAUCGGCACCACUCUCGACGCUCUUGUGGUCACAUCGUCCGUUCCACUCGACUACGACCGUUACCUGUCCAUCCUCACUCCGCAGGCCGUCAUCUUGCCUUUGACUGUACAUUUCAGCGAUUUCAAAAUCUCCCAGUAUCAACUGCUCGCCAAAGGGAUCCGCAUUCAAGGGACGGUCAUCUCGUCCAGAGUCGAGAUCAAGAAGAUGUUGGCCUUCAUGGCCCGCCAGGACGUGAAGCCGCAGGUAAUGACUUUUGCGAUGGAUAGAGAAGGCAUCGAGAGUGCAAUAGAGGCUCUGGAAGAGGGCAAGAUGAGGUACAGGGGCGUGUUGACGGCUCGAUAA